UCUCUUUGCUUACCUGUAAUUCUUUUGCAUUCUGCUCUCACCAUUUUUCUGCUCUCGUACCCUUUGCAAAGAUUCUCUAUGGCCUUUCUAGGUGAGAUUGGAUCAGCAUUUCUCAAAAGUGCUGUUGAUCUUGUGGUCGAUAAGUUUAGUUCUCCUGAGGUUCAGCUGUUCUUUCAACGCCAGCUUGAAGGACGACUCCCAUCCGAGUUGAAAAAAAGUUUGGAAUCUGUCAACAGCAUGCUCCUUGAUGCAGAGAGGAAGCAGACCACUGAGGAAGGUGUGAAGGAUUGGCUCAAUGAAGUGCAGCAUGUUGUUCAUGAAGUUGAGGACUUGUUGGACGAGAUUUUUUGUCAGGCUCGAGGAUCAAAGUUGAAAACUGGCUAUUUUAACACCGAGCCGGACGAAAUUAUAAACAAAUUGAAAGAUAUUUUUGAGAAACUAAAAAGGUUCGAGGAAAGGGCUCGUACACUGUGUCUGAUAAAGAGUUUUAUGGGAAGCCUCCCAUGCGAAGCUAAGUUUGAACCAGGAUUUCUCAGCAGUGCUAUUUUUCUCAUGCUCCGGCGGUUGGGUUUUCUGAUUGAAUUUCGAUUUUCCUUCAGACGCCAACUUCUCAACGAAGGAAUCUUCGAGAAGCUCAAGGAAGCUUUGAUUACUAUCAAGAUCAUGCUCCCUGAGGCUGAGACAAAGCAGAUCACCAAUGAAGACGUGAAGAAUUGGCUUCAGCAAGCUACAGGUGCCGUGUAUGAAGCUGCAAAUUUGCUGCUAGACGAGAUUUUUCAUGAAGCUGGACGAGCAGAAUUGAAAUCCAGCUCUCAAAGCUAUCUAGAUAAGAUCCAGAACUCUUUCACCUCUUUUUGUACUUCUAACGAAAAGAUAGUGGUAGAAAGCUUAGUCAAGAUUUUUGAAAAGCUUGAAAUGUUGGCAAAAGAAGGGGAGAACCGCCACAAUCUUCCACGGAGUGAUGGACGUUUAUAUAUUGAUAAUGGUGUUUAUGGCAGGGACUCUGAUAAAGAAACCAUAAUGCCCUUGCUGCUAUCAGAAGAUGCAAAAGGUAAAAGCUUAGAAGCAAUUGUUGUAGAGGGUAUUGGCGGUAUUGGUAAAACCACCUUUGCUAAGCUUGUCUACCUUGAUAUGAAGGUACAAGAGUGCUUUGAUCUGAAAGCAUGGGUCUACGUCUCGCAAGAAUUUGAUGCUGUCAGGAUAGUAGAAGAUAUUCUGAAGAAUAUUGGUUCAUUCAGAGGUGUUCCCAUGGAUGCAAAUGAGCUUCAAAAGGAGCUUAAGAAAAGAUUGACAAGAAAGAAAUUAUUGCUUGUAUUAGAUGAAGUUUGGAAGGCAGAUGAUCAGCAUGCUCAAUGGAACUUCUUAGUCACAGCUUUGGAAUCUGCAGCACUGGGGAGCAAGAUCAUCAUUACAACACGAGAGAUGAGUCCUACUGUAGCAUCAGUCCUGCCAUGUGUUACACCUUUUAAUUUGAAGAAAAUAAGCGAUGAUGAUUGCUGGGCCUUGUUUUCAGAACAUGCUUUUUGUGGUGAAGAAAGCCAGGCUCGUUUGCCAUUUGAUAUAAAUUUCCGUUCGAAAGUAUUGGGAAGGUGCGGUGGCUUACCUCUACGUGCAAUAAUGAUUGGGAAUCACCUUCGGUGCAAACCACAUAUGUACUGGGAGGAAAUAUUGAGUGGGGGGGAUCUUCAACUGGUCAUUAUUCUUGCUACUAUGAAAUUAAGGUAUUAUACAUUUCCUUCAAAUCUUAAACAAUGUUUUGUUUACUGCUCACUCUUUCCUAAGGAUCAUUCAUUUAAAAGGGAGACAAUUGUACUUUUAUGGCUGGCUAAUGGUUUUCUAGGAGGGGAUACGGGGAAGAAAGAAGUAGGAUACGGGUACUUUCAAAAACUUGUAGCCUACUCUUUUUUUCAACAAAAGAGUGACGAUACAUCAUCCUUUGUUAUGAAUGACCUGGUACACAGUUGGGCGAGAUUUUUACAUGGAUAUUUUUCAGUUAGUUUGGAUGAUGGUGAUUCACAUACUUUGAGCAAAGCUCGUCACUUAUGGUGUGGUAGCAAAAGGAGAUAUGAAGACCUAAAGAAUCUUGUGGGCGAUGGAUUUCACAGUUUCCGUACCAUUUUGCCAAUAUCAAAUGAGUCCUUUUGGGGAGAUGUUAAUGUUGAGAAACUUAAGUCAUUCAAUCGCCUACGGGUAUUGUCUUUGUCUAAUAUAAAUCAGUUGCCUGAUGUAUUUUGCUGGUUGAAACACCUACGACAUCUUGAAAUCUCUGGAGAAUCAAUAAAAAGUUUACCUGAAACUUUGUGUAUGACGCUCACUUUGCAAACAUUAAUCUUGCGCCAGUGCCCAAAUCUAGCUGAGUUACCAGCCAACAUUGUGAAGUUAACUGAAUUGUGUCAUCUUGAUAUUACAGAAACAGGAUUGCAACAGACGCCGCCACAAAUGGGCAAACUAACAAAGCUUGAAACGUUGACUGAUUUUUUUGUGGGACAACAAAAUGGGUGCAGAAUUGAUGAGCUAGGAGAGCUUAGAUAGCU